GAUAUUCUUCGGAUGUGUAUAGGAUAAAUUGAUCGAAUUUGCAUACCAUCUCACAAAUUAUGCAUGUAUGACUCUCUGUGUACUCAUUUACAAACUAUGUAGGUAAGGCAAACUCAUAAAAAAUUCAUGCAUGAACUCAAGGGCGGCUUGUGGGAGAGCAUAUCCUCGUUCGUUCGUCUAUCUAUAUCUUUAAUUCUCUCUCUCUUUUCAAAUAAUAUUUGAGCCCAUCUUCAAAUCUUCCCUUUUUAUGCUUUUCAGUUUCAGAAUUGGAAAGUCGAAGCUCUUCAACAACACUUUCAUGGUGCUGAAUUCCAUGACAGCUUAAAAGAAUCUCAACCCACUGCCUAAUUUUCUUCUCUUCUUAUCAAAAAAACCCCACUGUCACUUUUUUUAUUUCCAUUGAUGGCUCAAAAGCACUUGCAUGAACUUCUGAAAGAGGAUCAAGAACCAUUUCUUCUCAAAAACUACAUUGCUGACAGGCGUUCCCAGCUCAAAAAACCCUGCUCACCCAAAACCCAUUUACAGGUAGGGAUACGAAAACCUGCUGGCAUCUCAGAAAAGCAACAGCAAACGAUUUCGAAAUUCUCUCACAAUCUCUGCAAAAAAUCUUGCCUUUUCUCCUUCGUUGACUCUCCUCAUGACCCAAGAAGGUCUCCACUCUUAGAAUUCCAAACUCCAGUGGCCAAAAGCCCUUGUAGAAGAAGCCCAAAUGCGAUUUUCCUUAAUGUCCCUGCUAGAACCGCGACUCUGUUACUUGAAGCUGCUCUUAAGAUUCAAAAACAAUCCUCCAAAACCAAAACCCAGAACAAAAACCACGGCGAUUUCGGCCUAUUCGGGUCGUUCUUGAAGAGGCUAACGAGCAGGAACCGGACCCGUAAACGAGAAAUCGGAGCCCAUGGGGUUAAAGUCUCUGCGAAGGAUAUUUUAAGGUGGGAUUCUUCUGUUGGGCCAAAGAGGUCCCCUAGUGAGCGAAUCGGUGAAAGAAAACAGGGGAUUAGGCAAAAGAGUUAUCGUGAAACAAGCGUUUGUGAGAAUGGAUUUUCUUGUAAUUGCAAUGGCAGACCCAGCAGUGCAGUUUGGUCCAAGAGUAAUGAACAUCAGUCUAUGAAUUUUGAUCUGGAGACUUCGAGCAGUAGUCAGAGUGAGGAAUUACUUGAACCAGCGAUUGAGUUUGUUAACCAAUUAAUUGAUGACCCUGAUAUUACUUACUGUGAGAAUCGAUUCUGUGAAAGCCCUUCUCGUUUUGUGCUCCAACGGACUCCAUCUUCUGGUCUACGGACGCCGACAUUCUCUUCGCCGGAAAAGUAUCCGAUUCGUCGCAAAGAAGAGGACAAAGAGAAUUAUGAUGGGGCAAGCAUAAAAAAAUUCCAAUUACAGCAAGAAGAAGAGGAGGAUAAGGAACAAUGUAGCCCUGUUUGUGUAUUGGACCCUCCAUUUGAGGACGAUGACGAUGAAUGCGAGGACGCUGAUGCCUUGGACGUUGAGUGCAGCUAUGCAACUGUACAGAGAGCGAAGGACCAACUACUGCACAAGCUUCGUAGAUUUGAAAAACUGGCAGAACUGGAUCCGGUAGAACUAGAGAAAAGAAUGUUAGAAGAAGAAUUUGAAGAUGAUGACAACGUUGGUGUUGCUGUAGUAGAGGUAGAAGAGGAACAUGACAAUAACAGAUCAUUGUUGUGGGAUAAGCUGAAGAGCUUUGACAGUCUUAUUGCACAACAACUCGGUAAAUCCGGAUUCAAUCAUCUAAGGCAAAUUCCGAAAGACAUGAAGUGCUUGGUUUCAGAUCUCAUCGACGAGGAAAGCCGAGAGAAAAACGACUACUACAUUGACAGAGAAGUGGUUGCGAAAAGGGUUUGUAAGAGGUUGGAGUCAUGGAAAGAGGUGGAGUCUAACACCAUUGAUAUGAUGGUAGAGCAAGAUUUCAGAAAAGAAUUUGAAGAAUGGAAGAGAAGUCAAGAGCAGGUGGAGGAGACUGGAUUGGAUAUUGCAGUUGCCAUCUUUGGAUUGUUGGUGGAGGAAUUAACAGAGGAGUUAAAUUCUGAUAUCAUUUGACUGAUAUUUUGAUUCGACUUUCUUUCUGUUUUCUUUUCCUUUUAAAGUUGAAUGUUAAGGAGAAGGGUAUAGUCUAACUUGGGCUAAGGAAUAGACUAAUUAGACAGAAUAGUAGUAUGAUGUGGUCUAUGAAUCAUGUACUAAUUGGGGACAAUAAUAUAUAUAUAAAUAUAUAUAUAUAUAGUACUA